AGAGAGAGGGGGUCACACUCAACUUUAUUUUCAGUCUAAGAAAUCUCAGGCAUGCCAUCACUCUAUCAUUGGCUUGCCUCACUCUCUCUCUCUAACACCACUUUCUGAUGUCUACCAUGCUUUGCUGCUCCUGGGGCCAAGUUCUUUGCUUGCGUUUCUCACUUUACCCUUUGCCGCUUUGUCCAUUUUCUUGGCAUACUCCCAAACAGUGACCCUGUCACUGUCUGGUGGUCACCGUUCACUCAUUCUUGAAGAAGGGGAUUCUUGGAACUUUUUCGUUUGGCGCUGUGGGAAGAUUUAUGAAGACUUGGAGAUCAAGCAUUUGGUGGGAUAUGAUUGCAUCUGCUCGCAGUUCGUUGGGUCUUUCCUUUAGUCCACUUCUAUGAGAGAUCUGGUGGAAGUAUGAAUUUAUGAAUGGGGGUGGACAUGGAUCUAAACUUCGUAAAGAGGUGUACCGUGCGUCAUAGCCCAAAGACUGUUCUCAGAUCUCAUCGACAUAGCUUAAGCACUGAAAAGAGGAAAGAAAAAGCAAAACAUGCUCGUAAAGAUGAUUUGCUGAUCCUUAAUGAAGAUUUCCUGGAAAUAGAUUUUGGACGCUACCGUUGUGCUUCUUGCAAAACCAUUUCCUCUGGGCCCGUAGAACCGGAAGGAAAUGUCGAAUUCAGGCGAGGUUCCGUAUAUCGAAGUUCUCGAGAGAUCAGGAGGAUGACAAAUAUUGGAACUUCCGAGAGGAGGAGAAAAAUUGAAGUGUCACAGGGCAGCGAUACCACUUCCUCUGUGAGUAUUGUCGAUUCUCUGUGUCCUUCAGAUGAGGAAAGCCCAUGGAAGAGAUCGUCAGUGAUUUCUCUAAACUUGGACUCGAAUCCCACUUCUAAUAACAAGCAUAACAUGCAGCCUCCCACCACCAAUCGUUUGAAAGAUAUAUGUCUAAAUGUGGAUGACAGAAAGAUGCAAUCUGCAGAAGCUUUGGACAGAGAUUCAACUGGGGAUCUCAAAUUUCGGUGCGGCGAAAACAUUGGGCGUUCUAAUGAUAGUAAUGGGCUUCAAGAAAGAGAUAAAGUCUGCCCAUUGCCCAAGUCGUUAUCUGCAAAGGUGGAAAUGCCCCCUUCCCCUUCUGUAUCAGAAAGCUGUCCCUCGUCCAAAACCAGCUCGAAUUUUCGACUCAACUCUGUCAGAAAGAUGUUUGAUCCUUUAAUAAAGUCUAAAUCCUUACGGAGUCCUUUAGCUUAUGCCAGGGAAGAUGGUUUAGUCAAAACUACAGGGACGGUGCAUGUUAGAAGGGAUAGUACAUUUAGAAGAUCCACAACUAUGUCUCAUGAUUUCUCAAGUACAUCACACAAUUGUAGAUUGAGCGCUCAAGUUCCUAAGACUGACUGCAGUCAUUCCACGGUCCAAGAGUCUCCAGUCCACCUACAUGGCUUUCUCAAAUGCAGGGAUAAACAUGGAGUGCCGUUUUUCGAGUUCUCUUUGAAGUGUCGGGAAGAGGUUCUUGUGGCCCAGACGCGGAAAUCAAAUAAUUCUUUUAGUUGGGUAUAUACUUUCCAUUCCCAUGAUGGAAGGAAAAAGAGCAGUGCUGAGGGAUGGGCAUUAAAUGAGGGCAAGAAAGAAUCGUCCAUGGUGGGACAGAUGCAAGCUUGCUGCUACUUGUGCUCAGAACUGGAAGGUACUGGAUCUUUCGAUAAUUCUUUGGUGACAGAGUUUGUUCUGUACGAUAUCGCGCAUGCAAGACGAAGCACGGCUCGUGAAUCCCAAGAUCAAGCUAGCUCUUUGCCAGAGGUAAAAUGUGGGAGCAGAAACAAUCCUAGAUGUGUCAGAAGGACGAGCAAAAUAGACGACAUCGCCAAUGCCGUUAAGAUCCAGCAUCAGACAAAACAUACUCGGGAUAGUAGAGAUCCUGUUAGUUUGAAUUUGUACCCUUGGGCUCCUUCCGAACCGCGUCCAGACCUUGAGAUUGCGGCUGUCGUUAUCCAGGUUCCAUAUGAAAAGACAGAGAGCUUGAGAUAUAAAAGAGGGAAUAAGAUUGACGAUAAUGCUCAUCCUAGCCUCCUUAAUUUCUCUGUCUUUGAGCAGAUGAAAGAGCAACUACCAGAAAGAACUUGUAACACAGUUCAGGUGGUAAUUCCAACUGGAAAUCAUGGUUUACCCAAUUGUGAUAGCCGUGGCCCUUCAUCAUUAUUAGAGAGGUGGAGGUCGGGCGGAGGUUGUGACUGUGGUGGCUGGGACAUGGCCUGUCCCCUUACUGUUUUUGGCAAUCCCAAAAUACAGUUCACUGAAGAUCAAUCACUUGUGGACAAUCAGAAGCCUUUAGAACUUUUUCUUCAGGGAGCCAAAGAAAUCACUCCAGCUUUAACAGUGAAGUUUGUUGAAGAGGGGAACUAUGCCGUCGACUUUCAUGCUCACUUGUCCUCUUUGCAAGCUUUCUUUAUCUCGGUUGCUAUGUUACAUGGUUCAGGAGUCGUGAGUUCUUCCAGGCAAGAGAUUAAGGAAGUGCCGCUAAGCAAUUCGCUGAAAACUCUCUUUGAAGAGGAAGUGCAGAUUUUGAUAGAAGCAGUUUCGGAGGAGAAAAAAGCCCCUGAGAAGAUGAAAGACAUGCCUUCCUCUUAUGCGCUUAAUCCUCCGUUCUCCCCGAUUGCACGAGUGUGAUGUAUAAGCUCCACACACGAGGCUUUAGUGCUUCUGCAGUGAAUUCCUGACCAGGACCAGCAAGUCCCUUGAGGCGGGUACAUCGAAAGAUGGUGAACUGAGAUCUGCGAAAGGAGGCUGCUGCUGUAUAUAGAUGGGCUAGCGACUCUCUUGUUGGCUAAAGAUGGGUAAU